UCUGCAGUUCGGAAAACAGUUUAAACAGAGAUUGCGGUAGUUAUAGACGUAUCAUUUAGCGCAGCGCGAAGUGGAAUCAAGUGUGCCGGGAAAAGUCGUAUGUAAAGUGAAUCGACUCGAAGGCAAUUAAGCAAAGAAGAAUCCAAUAAAAUUACAAAAUACCUGAGACACAAAGAAACCUUGAGUGCAUGAAAGUAUUUCAGGCAAGAGAAAGUUAAAAACCACACAUAUAAAAAACAAUUACACAAAGGAAAUAAUUCAUAAGUUGCAAAAAGAUAUAAGCAAAUACGCAUACAGAACGCAAUUAAUUGCACUUCGUGAGUAAACGCAGUAAAGCGAAGGAGGAAAGCAAAGAAAGUGAUAUCGCGCCCACUUACAUACAUAUCUACUUACAAGCAUACAUUUUUCGCGUAGCGCGUAUAAACGCGGAUAUGGAAGGUCUAACACGCUCAUUGAAUUUCGAACUGCCACACGAAUUGCCACCCUUGGACGACUACGCGCAACAAAUACUCGAAAACAGUAAGACGGUUAUACCUGCCACACCCACAGUGCCCACUUUAAACUUUUCGGCGGCCUCGAUCAACACCUCAAGUGAUAUUUUUCAAAGAAUUGGGGCCACGCUACUUAAUUCUAUACAAUUACAAAAAUAUAUUAAAAUCGAUAAUUCGCCAGUUGUGGAUAGUCCGCUCCCUGUGGAAGACAAUAUGGACUUGUUUGGGAUACCCCCACCGAACCAUGUAUCAAUCGACUCAUCCGGAUUUGAUACCGUCGAUGAGCUGCACCGCCAAUUGGAAUACGACAAGUUCAUGAACGAAGUCUGGAUUGGAAUUGUGUUGACGCUAAUACUCAUAUCGAUGGUGUUCUGCAUUUGCUCGUGCUUCCUGUACCACCAGUUCCGGACGUGGAAAAGAAAUUAUCGUAAUACCGUCGCUCACUCACGCAACGGCCUCAAUAGUGAAAUCACAAAACUUCAUCCCGAGCUCGAAGAUCCUGUGCCUGAAUACACACUCGUUUCAGGGCUACCUUCUUACGAAGCAGCACUUGAGUUGCUCAACAAGACACCACAGUCUUGUCUAAUUGUACAUCCCAGUGUCUUUAGUGUUUUCCAUGUAAAUGAAAAAGUUUCAAGUGAUCAACAUCAACCACAACAACAAAUACAUCAACAACCAUCUCAGACACAACUCAUCGAAGUGACCACACCAUUGUUGCCUACUAUGAAUUCAACUGAACAGCCAGCGACACCAACGGGCAUUGUAAUGGCCGGUAAGGCCUACGCUGUUUUGCCAAGUUAUGAGGAGGCCAAUAGUCAUCACAGUCUGUUGCAUUCAGCAAAUGUCAAAUUGACAGCUGUAAGCGAGAAGUCAGCAGCUGCACCGAAAGAACAAGCGAAAGAAAAGCACACAGCAGUGUCGGACACAAACUCUGUGCCAAGAACGACAAUAUCAAGAGCAUUGCAACAACCAGCAGCGACACCAACAACGUCCAGUGAAGUCGGAUCAGCGCAUAAAUACUGACUACUUCCCGAACUGUUUCAUGACAAGUUUCGCAAUUGUCAUGAGUGACACUUGACUGCGGAAGUUUGACAGUUAGCGAACUGUUGCACCACAACUGUGAUAUUGUUUAUAUAUGUAGCUGAUUGUUAUUGUACUUACUUAGUUUAAACUGUUAUUUAUUUACAUAUUUAUAUACAAAGAUAAACUCAUAAAAUGUGUAAGUGCAAAUUUUAUAAGUUACUACUAUUCAAAAAUAAUAUUCUCAUGUAAACUUUUUUGAAACUGCUAUGCACAAAUGAUUUCUUUGAAUUAAAUAGAUAUUAAGAAGAUGCCAUUUUCCGUGAUUAAUCUUACUACUCGCCAGCUAAAUUUUAAUUUUCGUAAGGAGGUGCAAAUAAAAGCCCAUUGUAGCGCUUAAAUUUAGAUAUGGAUAUGUAGAACAAAUUAUUCUUUGCAUUUAUUUAUGGAUCCUAAUAUGUAUGUAAUUUAGGUA